GCUGCGGCUGCUGCCACCGCCGGGAGCCAGUCGGGAGUGCGCAAGGCUUCGGAAAACCGAGAUCCGCUGCUGUCUGCCUCUACCUGCGAGCCGCCGCCCAGGGUCGCGCGGCCACCAUGGCGCUGAUGCUGCGCUUCGUGCUUCUGUGCGGGAUCGCCGAUUUCACCAGAAGUUUGAGUAUCACUACUCCUGAACAGAAGAUUGAAAAGGCUAAAGGGGAAACUGCCUAUCUCCCAUGCAAGUUUACACUUAGUCCUGAAGACCAGGGACCACUGGACAUCGAAUGGCUCAUAUCACCAUCUGAUAACCAGCAGGUGGAUCGAGUGAUUAUUUUAUAUUCUGGGGACAAAAUUUACGAUGACUACUAUCAGGACCUGAAAGGACGAGUGCAUUUCACGAGUAACGAUCUCAACUCUGGCGACGCGUCAAUAAACGUCACCAAUUUACAGUUGUCAGAUAUUGGCACAUACCAGUGCAAAGUGAAGAAAGCUCCUGGAGUGGCAAAUAAGAAAGUCCUGCUGACAGUCCUUGUUAAACCUUCAGGUACAAGAUGUUUUGUGGAUGGAUCAGAAGAAAUUGGGAAUGACUUCCAACUAAAAUGUGAACCAAAAGAAGGUUCACUUCCGUUGCGUUAUGAAUGGCAGAAAUUGUCUGACUCCCAGAAAAUGCCCACACCGUGGUUAGCAGAAAUGACAUCACCGGUUAUAUCUGUAAAAAAUGCCACUUCUGAAUAUUCUGGGACGUACAGUUGUACAGUACAAAACAGAGUGGGCUCUGAUCAGUGUCUGCUGCGUCUAGAUGUUGUUCCUCCUUCCAACAGAGCUGGAACGAUCGCGGGAGCUAUCAUAGGAACUUUACUUGCCCUCGUGCUCAUCAGUGUUAUCAUCUUUUGCUGUCGUAAAAAACGCAGAGAAAAAAAAUAUGAAAAGGAAGUUCAUCAUGACAUCAGGGAAGAUGUGCCUCCUCCAAAGAGUCGGACAUCUACUGCUAGAAGCUACAUUGGCAGCAACCAUUCCUCCCUGGGAUCCAUGUCUCCUUCUAACAUGGAAGGGUAUUCCAAGACUCAAUAUAACCAGGUUCCGAGUGAAGACUUUGAACGCACUCCCCAGAGUCCGAGUCUCGCACCUGCUAAGGUAGCUGCCUCUAAUCUAAGUCGAAUGGGAGCGGUUCCUGUGAUGAUUCCAGCACAGAGCAAGGACGGGUCAAUAGUAUAGAAUUUCUCUCCGCUUUCCUGCUUUCUGUGGUUCUUUUCUUCUCUUGAUAUUUGAAAACUUAUUCUGGUCUAAAUAUUGUUAACAGCCUCAAAACAUAUUUUAAAAAGUUAACAACAAACCGCAAGAGAAACAUACUUCAUAUUGAAAUAAUAAAGGCAUAAUAAUUAGUAAAGGCAUUUACCAUCAGGAAAAGAUGGCUUUUCUUAAGUUGAUUUCAAAGAUACCUAAAUAUUAAUACAAGUAAGAUGUAGCACUUUGAAUAUGUCAUAGGUGAAGAAAUCUGUGAACUUGCCUGCAUACCAAGUUGAUACUUGAAUCACCUGAAAGUGGUACUUUGUAAUUUCUACCAUUAUUUUUACGAUGUCUGUCUCAUUUAUUUAUGACCCAACAGUGUCCCCCAAAUUUAAGAAAUAUCCAUGGCAAAAAUACUUCUGUAUGUGUGUUUGUUUUUAUAGCCUUCCUCAAAAUUCUGAGUAUUUGGAAUGUCUGUAAUAGUAGGAGACACUACAACAUUUUAGAAAUGACUAGUUUUACUUUUAAAUUAUUCAUAAACAUCAUCUAUGAACUUAUCUCUUUUUGUUUUGAAACAGGGUCU